AAGGUUCUGUCCUAUUUCAGUAUGAUAUUAAUUUUAUUGAGAAAACCAUAAAAGAAAAAGCCGGUUAAUCAGCGCUUCUUUCUAAAUAGUUGUGGACGGCGGCUAGUCGCCACCUAUGAAGAUACAAAUUAGAUAAUAUUUAUUAUGUUAUAUAAUGAUGUAUUAAUGUUAUUUUAAUAUAUAUGCAAGUACAUUUGUAUUAGUUGCUGUAAGAAAAUAUUUACCUCCUUAAAAAUGUAGGAGUCUCACAAUACAACAUAAUAAAUACUGAUAUCACAUGACUCGUUUGGUGAACUAAAACAAUAAAGUACCUGAUGACCUUUGACUACAGUCUACAAUAUUAAUUUAGCACUAACAGUUGCCAUUAACGCGGUGCGCUCCCAUACUACCAACAUACGUUCUAAUUUAAAAAUAUAUAAUUGUACGGUUAUCUAUAUUGUAUGAGAUGUCGAAUAUUAAGCGUUUCUAAUAACACUUAAUAUUAUACGUAUAUAUAUAUAUAUAUUGUUUUGUGACGAAAAAGUGAAGUAUUUUUAUGUGAGUUGUUAUUAUGGAAGGCGGUACGAAAAUCCGACAUGCGACGAAAGAGGAUAUGGAUUCUGUGGCUGAUAUGAUUCAAGAGCUUGCUGAAUUCGAGAAAGUGGAAAAAGGACCAAAUAUUUCGGGAAUAGAUCUCCGUCGUGAUGGCUUCGAAACUGAUCCACCUUUAUUCCGCUGUCUUGUGGCUGAACAAAUAAACGAUCGUCAGAAGGAGCUGGUGGGAUACGCUCUGUACUUUUCGUCGUACUCUACUUGGCAGGGUCGUGCCUUGAUGCUACGAGACAUCUUCAUAAAAGAGCGAUGUCGGAAACAGGGCGUCGGUAAGAAACUCUUCAACGCAGUCGCUAAGGUAGCAUCUUCAUCUGGUUGUUCCCGUCUGGAAUUCCACGUGUUAGGGUGGAACGAUGCUCGGUUGUUUUACAAGUCACGUGGCGCAAGGGAUCUGACCGCUGCCGAGGCCUGGCGUUAUUACCGCCUUGAUGAUGACGCCCUACAUGCAGCGGCUAGGGAAGCUGACAUAAUACAUUAAAUCCAUAGUGGACCAUCCAUACAUACGAAACAAGAGAAAAGAAGUUUUAUGAACAUGAAUGUCUUCUUCACACACUCGCUCCUACAGUGAAGGAAAACCGUAACAGUAACAAGCAAAACCGGCAUGUCUCAAAUAAGAAAAACGUCAUACCAGACAGAAUGCUGAUCACCUACUUGUCUAUGAAAUAAAAAUGAUCAGAAAACAAAUGCGAAGCCAAAAUAUAGGGUUGAAUUGCCACUGGAUUAUUAUUAUAAUUUAUUCAUUAUUAAAACAAAUUAAUAUAA